CAGGUUCGGUGGUCAAGGCAAGAAGCCGCUCAUACCACAUGAGUGCCUAAAUGGACGACGUUGGAUAGCUGGAACCUUUUGAGUGUGCUGCGACUUUAUUUCGGGUUCGUAUUUAUAUUUUAGUGAAAUUACCGGCUUCUAUGUUUGAUCUAGACACAGUAGGUAUUGCAAAGUUGGCCAUGAUUUAAUCUAUGACCCAUAUUUUUGCCAUUAUGAGCUAAACGGUGUCGAGGCAAAUACAGUACCUGCCAUUUCUCAAUACUCUACUUUUGACAUGCCAGCGACCUACAAUGACACCCAUAUCUUCAACGACGAUACUAUGAGAAUAUAAAUUUAUAUCCCAAGAUACUACAAGGGCGACUUGGAUCACGGGACUGCCUUAUAUAUAAAUCUCGAGCCUUCACGUCGAUAGGCCUCGAUUGCAAACCUAAUACAAUCCGCAACCCACAGGCUAUGGCCUCAAAUAACAAUGAUUCGUCCUCUCAGAAUGAGCCGAAUCACCGCCAGCAGCACUUGACUCGAUCAAUAGCGCUGCCGCUGCGGCCGCUGCCGAGAUCAGGUAGGAGUCAAGCAACAGGAACUGCGUCUCGCGCGGAUACCUCAACCGGGUUAAGUGGCUCUCCCAUGAACUCACUCCAGCUACAUGCUGGUAACUCUCGAAGAAAGCACUGGUCGCAACAGUACCUUCAGGAAGGAGACGUCGUGAUCAUUGCAGGCGUGCCACCAGGCUCUUUCAUUGGCUAUGACACAGUCGGCCUGAACAUUGAAAAGAAUCACCACUUCGGAGGGAUCCGCGAAUUACCUCCUGGGCCACAUUUUAUCUAUGGAGGUUCCAUGUCUGAGAUAUCAACUCGGAAUGGGUUCUGGAUUAUCUCAAAUCAAAGACGGCCCGGAGAACCGGGGGAGAUUUUCGUUAAGAAGUGGGAUAGAAACACCGAGACUCUGGAGGACGAGGACAGUGCUGUUGAAAUCAGGCGGCAAAAAGAUAAUAUACAGUCAAGCUACGGCACGUUACUGCCAUACGAUGUACGAGCUGUUCAAACGUCGGAACUUUCAAAAUCAAGGGGAAAUCCAGCGGAAUCACAUGGUGAUGAUCCCAAAACCUGGCAAGACCUUACAUUCGCUAUCAAGGGCCCGAUGCUUAGCAGGGUCACCGGCGGCACUUGGAAUGACUGGAAAGUUACAUCCAUGGACGAACGCAAGCCAACAGAUACCAAACCAGCCGACAACCAACACCAGACAGCAAUGGGCAUCGUUCCAAAACCCGCCGAUAUCGAUGCUACCAUUGCGGAGGAGAAGAAGCUCGGGUUUAUCUUCCCGGCUGGAUCUAAAACUUACUCGGAGGCCGCGAUAGGUCGAGCUAGAAGCGAGCAAGCCAUGGAUAGCUCGUCGCAUGUGAGGGCUGUUAUAGCAGACGGUUGUACUUCAGAUGGUCCGGACGAUGUGCUUGGAGAGUUGCAGUUCUGUUAUAUGACUGGAGUCCUGCUUAGCAACAUCUGUUGUAUGGAACAAUGGGGCCAUGUGGUCAAAAUACUCUUCAAGGCAUUCAGAUUCGCCGUGGAAGAGGCUCACUUCUUCACCAAGGUUAUUGAGGUCUUUCAAGCCCAGCUGGUCUAUGAUGAUGAGUAUCUCCAAGGAAGCAUAUUCGACCACAGCAACCACUUACAGGAUGAGCUGAAGGUAGAAUUAACUAUUUUCAAAUCACGGCUUUCUGAGCAGCUAUCUUCAAAGCCUAACGGUUUGAGCAGGGAGGAAAACAAAUUAAAAGCAACCUUUGGGAGACUCGAGACUUGGCUGUCGAAAUGGGGCUGGGACCUGGGAGGUAACUAUCUUAGAGUUGGUAAGAUCCAGCUAGAGGAUGGUGAAUACGUGGAUGCAGAAAUGGAAGAUCUGGAGGCCGAAGAUGAAAGGGGUGAGUAUGCGCCGGUGCUGGUUGAACUGGACGAGGGCGGGCGAGAAAAGGGCACGAUUGGGUGGUAGUGAUGGCGAGAAGUAUUUCUCAUUGUGCUAUAUAUACAUACUGUGCAGCAUCCACAUAUAAAAUCAGAAAUAAUAUCUUACUUUGAGGAAUGC